UUGAAUCAAUCCCCUCGGUUACCUCUCCUGUUCCUGUACACAAUCUCCUAUUCUUGCAUUGCCUUUCUUCUUCUGGGAGCGCAAACCCUUUGCCAACAGUAAAAAUGGCAACUUUGAAAGAAAAACGUACCUGUGGUCAACGAUGUGAAGACUUUGGGCACUUCGUGUGGAACUCAGACACCAAACAGUUCAUGGGGAGAACUUUAGAAAGAUGGGUGUACAUCAGUCUGUAUUAUGUUGCCUUCUACAUCGUGAUGUCGGGGCUGUUCAUCCUCGCCUUGUACGUCAUGCUGUUAACACUAAAUCCAUACACUCCCACAUACCAGGACCGGUUAACAUCGCCAGGAGUAAUAUUACGGCCAGAUAUAUGGGGGGAGGAAGGACUGGAGAUCACCUACAAUGUCUCAGAUAAGAAGAGCUGGAUGGGAAUGACCAACAUUCUUGACAAAUACCUUUUGCACUACAAUGAGACUCAUCAAAAUGAAAGCAAUCGGCAUUGCCCCAGCGGCUCGUACUACAUUCAGAAAGAUUUCAGGGGUCCACACCACACGAAGUAUGCCUGUAUCUUCACUCGAGAGAUGCUGGGGAACUGCUCUGGCCUGGAGGACCCCACUUACGGAUACCCGGAAGGGAAGCCAUGUUUCUUAAUCAAAAUGAACAGAAUCAUUAAUUUUCUCCCUGGGAAGGAUGGAUCGCCUCCGUAUGUCAAGUGUACUAUGUUGGAAGGCAGUCCCUCAAAUCUAGACCAUGUGGAGUAUUACCCAGUGAAUGGCACCUUUGACAUUUCUUACUUCCCUUACUAUGGCAGCCUGGCCCAGCCCAACUACACCAACCCACUGGUGGCAGUCAAGUUCAACAGCAUCAAGAAGAGCAAAGAGAUUAAGAUUGAGUGUAAGGUGGUGGCAGACCAUAUCUGCACAGACAACUUCCACGACCCCUAUGAAGGCAAGGUUGUGUUCCAGCUCAAGAUUGAAUCGUAGCAGCAGCACAGCCAGGCGUAGUCAUUUCCCCUCCAAGGAGCUUCUAACCAUUAAGUAGAAAACUGCCUCAAAUAUAAUCAGAACCAGACUGCCCUAAAAUAGUGCCUUUGCAGAUGUAUGUCUGUAGAAGUUUACCAUGCAACUAUACUAUGCUUUUACCACAUAUACUACAUGAAAAUUCUGCAAGAGGUGACCAUGGCUAGCUAGAUUUCAUUUUGUUUGGCUAUGCAGUACCAUAGUUCCUGUAAAGGCCACAGGAUUUUACAUGGUACAGUAAAACCUCCAAGUUACAAACCGCACACCUGCAAACUGACCAAAUGAACACACCCCUUGAAGUCAGAAGCAUGGCUCCUUGUUACAGUACUUCCCCCCACCCCCCCCCCCCAAACACCCCGAUCAUUGAAAAUAAUACAACUCUAUAGAGUUAUAGAGACUUUAGACUUUCCAAGACCCUCCAUUUCUUUUUUUUUUUUUUUAAAUGAUGAGGUUCUCUUGUGUUAAUGGAAUAUGCUGGAAGUCUGUAAAUGGACUGUUAACUUUCCCCAAAACGUAGAUUGGCACAGACCACACCUUCACAAGUUCUUAGACUAUUUGAGGUUUAGUUUUAUUGUUUCCAAAUUAAAAGGAAACUUCAGCUUUAACAGUAUAACGAAUAAGCAAUUUUAUAUAAAUAACUGACCACCACGAUAUGCAAACCCGAUUGCAAGUGUUCUGUGUUCAAGAAUACUGCCUAUUUACCAGACGUAAGCAGCAGCAGCAGCAAUCAUAGUUGCAUCCCAUUUAUUUGUGUAACUGCAUAUUCUGAUGUGGAUGAAAACCCAAUUAUUGUUUAAUGUAACUUCAAGCAGAUGACAUGUUUUGGAAAAUUCUUUAAAGUGUGCUUUUUUUUUGUGAGCAAUUAAGUUUUGAAGCAACUCAACAUGUAUUUAUAUGCUGAAAGCAGGUGUUUAGCAAGCUUUGUUAGUGUAGACUUUCAGGUAUUUUACCCCAUUAAUAAAGACUUACUUAUCAUAUGGUUUGAGUAUUCUAAAAUAAAUAUGAAAAUCGUGUCUGUA